AUGCUGAACUUCGACCUCCGUGGGCAACCGUCGUGGAUGGGGAUCGGCAGACUGAUUGUGGUGGAGGACAAGUUGGAACACAUUUUGGCCAAGGUCGAGCGGCUGGAGAGACCAAUCCACCCAUAUGAAAAUACAAAUAGAUUCUUUGGCAACUAUCGCGAGAUGAAACAAGGAACGGAUAUCAACAGUCGGGAAACCUAUUCUACAGACGAGGAAAGCUUUGAUCGUGCAAACAAAACUGUCAUUUGUUCUGGCGAAGGUCCAGGUUCUAUAUAUGGAAGCUUAAAGAAAGGCGUAAAGAAGUACUCAGCCAGUGUUGAGUCUGCAGACUUCGCUUUUGCCUUCAUAACGCGGACCGACGAGGCAUUGGAAUCAAAAGAGGCUCCCUUGGUAUCGAUGAUAUGUAUCCAUGGUAAAGGGCUGAAUAGAUAUACGGCCGGUGGAGUAAAAUUUUUGACAGGCUGCCUCUUUUCUAGUUCCGACUAA